UGUUGCAGAAAACAAUCAAGGAAGUCAUAUGCCUAAUAAUGACAAUGAAUUUUAUCAAAUUUCAGACAGUCACAAUAAUACAAUUAUUAAUAUUAAUGGUCAUCCAAAAGAUAAAGUUUGGCAAUACUUUACUUCUAUUGAUGAUAAUCAUAGAACACACAAAGGUGCUGUUUGUACAUUCUGCUCAACUUCAUGGAAACAAGGAAAACCACAAGCUUUAAAAUCACAUUUAGCACUUCAUUGCAAAGCUAGAAUACCAAGAGAAAUAUGUAUUGAAUAUUUACAUAUGAUUAGUGAGGAGGAGAUUGAGGAUACUGAAACUACAUCUACUCCAAUAUCAACAACUACAACACAUCCAAAUAAAAAAAUCAAAUCUAAGAAUAAUCAAAAAAAAAUUAACACUUAUCUUGACUCAGAUGGAAUUGAUGAUGCUAAAAUAAAAUGUGUAAAUCAAGCUUUGAUUUGGUGGUUUGUUUGUUCUGGGAUACCAUUCGUAGCAGCAGAUUCACCAUUUUUUAUUGACUUUACCAAAUCUCUUUGUUAUGGCUACAAUCCACCACAUAGAACAACUUUAUCUGAGUCAUUAUUGAAUUCAGAAAUUGCAAGAAUUACAUUAAAAAUAGAUAAUAUUUUAAAAAAUGCUACAAAUCUUACCUUAU